ACCGAAAUGAUAUAUUUGUGUUAGGUAGAAAUUCAUUUAACAUAGUUCAACUUGAAGAAUAAAUAUUAUAUAAGUUUUAGGAUGUGUUUUUAUAUUCUGAAAAUUUAUUAAAAUACAUUCAUCGUGUAAAUCAUGACUUGUGAGGAAUGUUAAGAUACUUCACCAAAAAUCCAUUCAUAAUAUUAUCACUGAUCUGAUUCCGAAGUGUUUUUUUCAUUUUGUUUAUUGCACUAAGUGCUCUUUUUAACAAUUUGCAACUGAUGGCAACAAACGCUAUUUCAGAGUUUUUGUUUAUAUUAAACUCAAUUACAAAGUAUAUAUGAAUUGAAAGUUUAUCAAAGAUCACAAUGAACAAAGGGCAUGUCUAAUAGCAAUACCAAGUACCAACUAUUGUUGGUUUGAUGGAAUUGGAGGGAGUAAAUUCAUGGGCCCAUGGACUUUGGAGGUCCAAAUACGUGUACCCCACGAAUUUGAAAGUUCCACUUAUAAAAGUGGAAAUUGAGUGUUGGAUUUAAAUCCAUGAUGACAAUUUACUCGUUUAUCCCUACUCAUUUUACCUACUGACCAAUAUGCACUUCCCCUUCCCCUUUCUUCUUUCCUGAUGGUGGCCUCCAACUCCCCGUCCUCAAUUUUCCCUACGAGAGCGCCGAAUGAUAAAUGAAGCCUCCUGUCUGUUUCUCUUUGUCUUUUUCUCUCUUUGAGCUGGUUUAACAUCAAUUUCUUGCAUAACUUGUGUAUUUCGGAAUGAAAUUUUGGAUUUGUGAUGGUGCUCCAGUUGACAAAAAAAAUUGAGAAGUUUUCAAUUUCGGUUCAAUAUCACCUCUUCUUCUAUCGAGUCUUGUUUUUACUCCUCUAUUGAGAUUUCUAACACCUUAUGCAUUAUGCGUUUCUAUAUUUGUAACCGAAUUAGUUGACAAAGUAGCGGUUCAAAGAAUUUGUAUGCAUUAGAUUUGUUUUUAAUGGAAAUUUGGAUUUUAAUGGAAAUAUAAAUAGAUAAAGGUAACAAACUAAUUUGUGUUUCAUAUCCACAAAUCUAAUCAAAUCAAAAUCCAUAAUUAAAUCCAACAACCAAACAAUAGACUUGUUCAAAUUCAUAAUGCCACCAAAUCACAAAAUCCAUGAUUUUACAAUACUCAGAUUUUACUAAAAUCUUCAUUUUCAAAUCUAUGAAACAAAGGAGCCGCAAGUGGUUCUGUCCGUUUUGUAUUUUUUUUGAGAGUCAAAUUUGUAUUAUCAAAUAUAAAAAAUAAAAUAAAAAGAAGCAAUAGAAUUAUAGAAACAAACAAAAAGGAAGGGGAAAAGAAAGAAAGAAAAAAUGAGGUGGAGGUGAUAUUAGCAAAUCCAAUCCAAUCCAACAAACCUUUUGUUAUUUACUUUAUUUUUAGUGGUAAUUUCUGUUUCUAGGGCUACCAGUAGUCUACUGGAUUUGUAACGAACACUGUUGGCAUCCCAAAAUUCCCACAGGUUCCCCAAUUUGGCAUUUUACGUAAUUUUACCGGAAAAAGAAGGGUAUAUUCACUUCCUCCUUAACCCCCCGCCCCUUCCUCCUUCAACCCUGUCGUUUAUAUCUUCCGCAAACUCCAACACUUUUCUACGGCCCGCUUCUCUUUCCUCAAGUUUCAUCUCUCUCUCUCUCUCUAGCUCUAGCUCUCUCUGUGCGUCUCUGUUCCCCGUAUCUCUCUCUCUCUCAGCUGAAGUCUGAUCUCAACCCCGCCGUCUCUGUAAACCUCUCGCAGUACAAUUCGCAGAGAUCCAGUCAGGUAUAUAACUCAAAUCUCACAUUGCCAGAUCUUCUUCUGCUUUUGCUCCUGUUACUGUACUGCUGCCGGCCGCCAUCGGAGUUCUGUUUCAGAUUGAUUUUCCAGCUCUCGCGCGGCGUGCACAUCUGUAAUUCUGUAUCUAUUUCUCUGAUCGCUCUUUCCUAGUGUGUAAUGGUUUUGCGGAUUCGUGGUGGUGGUGGUGCCGGCGGCUUUGAUCCAAUGGCGGAUCGAGCUGUUUUCCUGUUUACACUGUGUUCUGGUUUUUUUCUUCCGGAUUGAUAUUGAUCGGAUUGGGUUAUCCGAUAGUGUAGCUAGCCGUUUUCGUUUUUUGUAUCCAGCAAGUUUCGAUGAAUUCGAUGUGCCGGAUCUGAUCGUUUAGCCGAUCUAAUCUAUUGGAUUUCAGAGCGCAGCUGAUAGUGAUGAUAAUUGGUUGAUUCGAUUCAUGCAUCCUGAAUGUGUUAUUUUUCUUGGCCGUUGCGUGCGUGUGCGUGUGGGUUGAUUUUUGUUUAGACUGUUGAGUGUUUGGUGGAAGUCUGCUGAACUGCUUGUUAGUGUUGCAUGUGAUUUUGGGUGUUGUUUGGUUCCUUUUCACGUGUCUAACGCCUUUCUUUUUUCUUAUUGGAUUGGGAUGGGAGAAUUGAUGUUUCGUUUGGCUGUCACUGAUGAUCGAUGAAUAUAUAUUUUGGGAGGGUUUCAAUUGUAAUUGUUGAGCCGUUAUGCAUGCGCUGAAUUGAAAGAGUUUUCUUCAGACUAGGGAAUGGAACAUGUUGUCUAUUGUUUUGAUUUUCCAUCUCUUGUUUCGCCCUAUUCUUGCUGAAGCUGGUUGCUUUCUCGGUGGUUGUAGAUCUUAGCUGUUGAGAUGGCGACAUCGGCAGCUGGGGCCACAGGAUGGUACAAGGGGAGAGUGAAAGCUGUGCCAUCUGGGGACUGUCUGGUCAUAGUGGCAAUUUCCACCACCAAGAAAGGACCUCCUCCUGAGAAGACCGUCACUUUGGCUUCUCUUAUGGCACCUAAGCUGGCUCGGAGAGGCGGAGUUGAUGAGCCCUUUGCCUGGGGGAGUAGAGAGUUUCUGAGGAAGCUUUGCAUUGGCAAGGAAGUUACUUUCAAAGUUGAUUAUGCUGUGCCCUCAAUUGGGAGGGAAUUUGGUACUGUAUUCUUGGGUGAUAAAAAUGUUGCUGCACUUGUUGUUUCUGAAGGCUGGGCAAAGGUCAGGGAGCAGGCAUCACAGAAAGGAGACGCUAGUCCUUUUCAUGCUGAACUGCUACGGCUUGAAGAACAAGCAAAGGAACAAGGUCUUGGUAGAUGGGAUAAGGAUCCUGGUGCUGCUGAGGCAUCUAUCAGAGAUCUCCCCCCUUCUGCCAUUGGAGAUGCUAGUUACUUGAAUGCUGAGGCUUUUUUAGCUGAAAACAAAGGAAAACCUAUGGAAUGCAUUGUUGAGCAGGUUCCUAAUGGAAGCACCAUACGUGUCUAUUUGCUUCCAGAUUUUCAGUUUAUUCAAGUCUAUGUAGCGGGAGUCCAGUGCCCAUCCAUGGGCAGAAGAGCGUUAGCUGUACCUGUUUUGGAAAAAGAGGCAAAAUCAGGCGAGACAAAUGGAGAUACUUCUGCACCCAGUGCGGCAGAGAGAGUUGCAGCUCCAGCAACACAUCAAGAAAAUCCUCCUCAGCCAUUUGCUGUUGAAGCCAAACACUUCACGGAGCUUCGUGUCUUAAAUAGAGAAGUUCGUGUUGUUUUUGAGGGUAAAGACAAGCAUGGGAAUCUGCUUGGGUCAGUCUAUUAUCCUGAUGGGGACACAGCGAAGGAUUUAGCACUGGAACUUGUGGAAAACGGUUUAGCUGAAUAUGUUGAAUGGAGAGCCAGUUGUCUGGAAGAAGAUGCCAGGCGUCGGUUGAGGUCCGCAGACCUUGAAGCUAAGAAAAGUCGCCGGAAUAUGCAUACCAAUUAUAAUCCAGGUGUUAAAAAUUCGAAGGCAAUUCACGACCAAAAAUUCUCUGGAAAGGUUGUGGAAGUUGUAAGUGGUGAUUGCAUCGUUGUAGCUGAUGAUUCUUUCCCUUGUGGAAGUCCACUGGCUGAAAGACGAGUCUUUCUUUCAAGUAUUAAGUGCCCGAAGAUGGGGAAUCCUCGCAUAGACAAGCCAGCUGAGCCAUUUGCCCUGGAAGCCAAGGAGUUUUUGAGAACACGGCUCAUUGGCAAACAGGUACACGUACAAAUGGAGUACUCUUGGACCCCCCCUGAGGCUGCUGGUUCUGGAGACUCUAGACUGAUGCAUUUUGGGUCAGUGUUUCUCACAUCUUCUACCAAGGGGGACAAUGCUGAAGCAUCAGCAACAGCACCACCAACUACUGCUGGUCAGCCAGCUGGUAUCAAUGUGGCUGAGUUGAUUAUUUCUCGUGGCCUUGGCGAGGUUAUAAAGCAUAGAGAUCAGGAUGAAAGAUCAAGUUACUAUGAUUCCCUUCUUAAUGCUGAAUCACGAGCUACUGGUGCUAAGAGAGGGAAGCAUUCCUCCAAGGAGUCUAUCACCAAGCCCAUGCACAUAACAGAUCUUACUUCUUCUAAGAAUAAUAAUGCAGGAAUUGCCAAGAAAGCAAAAGAUUUCUUGCCGUUUCUGCAACGUGGUAGAAAGAUUACAGCCGUAGUGGAAUACGUGCUGAGCGGUCAUCGUUUUAAGUUGCUGGUUCCCAAGGAAACUUGCAGCAUUGCCUUAGCUCUGUCUGGUGUUAGAUGCCCUGGCCGCGAUGAACCUUAUUCGGAUGAAGCAAUCGCAUUGAUGAGACUGCGGUUGAUGCAGAGAGAAGUAGAGAUUGAGGUUGAGACUGUCGACAGAAACGGAACGUUCUUAGGAUCCUUGUGGGAGUCGAGGACUAACAUGGCAACAGUUCUUUUGGAAGCUGGGCUUGCUAAGCUACAGACUGCUUUUGGCAGUGACAGGAUUCCUGAAGUCCAUCUACUUGAGCGGGCUGAGCAAUCUGCCAAAAAGCGGAAAUUGAAAAUAUGGGAGAACUAUGUUGAAGGGGAAGUGGUCUCUAAUGGUGCACCAACCAUGGAAGGCAAGCAGAAAGAAGUUCUGAAGGUCGUGGUUACUGAAGUCUUGGGAGCUGGCAAGUUCUAUGUCCAGACGGUUGGAGAUCAGAGAGUAGCAUCCAUCCAGCAACAGCUCGCCUCCCUCAAUCUUCAGGACUCUCCUCCACCUGUUAUUGGUGCUUUCAAUCCGAAGAAGGAGGACAAAGUACUUGCUCAGUUUAGUGCAGAUAAUUCUUGGAAUCGAGCUAUAAUUGUCAACGCACCAAAAGGAGCCGUCUCAUCACCAAAGGAUAAGUUCGAGGUCUUCUACAUUGAUUAUGGAAACCAAGAAGAGGUCACAUAUGCGAAUUUGCGACCUAUCGAACCUGCACUAUCUUCAGCCCCUCCGCUUGCCCAGCUUUGCACCCUGGCAUAUGUUAGGGUCCCUGACCUCGAUCAAGACUUCGGCCCAGAUGCUGCUGAGUUUUUGAGCGCCAACACUUUGAGCACUUCAAAAGAAUUCAGAGCCAAAAUAGAGGAGCGAGAUUCCAUUGGAGGGAAAGUUAAAGGGCAGGGCACUGGCCCAAUCCUAAGCGUAACCUUGGUGGCUGUCGAUGCUGAGAUUAGUGUAAAUACAGCCCUGGUUCAGGAAGGACUAGCUAGGAUCGAGAAGAGGAGGAAGUGGGACCAAAAGGACAGAAAAGUUGCACUCGAUAACCUGGAGAAGUUCCAGGACGAAGCACGUUCCGCCCGGAGGGGAAUGUGGGAGUAUGGAGAUGUCGAGUCGGACGAAGAGGAUGUCGCCGCUCCACCGGCACGCAAGGCUGGCGGUGGCCGCCGAUGAUUAGUGUCGCCGUUGCCGGCAACAACAACAAAAAUGCUCGUGUACAUUAUUCAUACCUCAGCACACAGGUAAAAAAAUGUUGCACAGCAAAAGGGAAUAUGACGAGACAUGAGCUACAGUAAGUGAAUGUGAUGAGAGACAUAAAGCUAAAUCCUCCCCCAUUUAGGAUUCUGAGUUUUGUUUUUUUCCCUUUUCCAUUUGAGGUUAUAAUUUGUAGGCGAGAUGCGGAGGUGAACUAUUUUUUUCCCCCCUAGUUCUUAAUAAGGUGAACUAUUUAUAGCCAGUUUGAGAUGUUGAGUGAAAAGUGAAAACCUUCGUAGAAGGAGAAAAAAAAAAAAGAGAACAGUUUUGGUGUUUUGGAAGGAUCCAUCUUUGCGUUUUCUAUCAUUCUGUCGUCUGGUUUCCCUUUAAUGUGUUCCUUUUUGUUUUGGGAAAUAAGCUUAACCUGAGUUGUAUUAGGGGGCCCUGAUGCCAGUGCUUUCAGAAUCGAAACGGACAUAGAACGAAGGAUUGAAAAAUCGUAUUGGAUGUCAGGUUGCUGUUGGAGUGUUGGUGAAGUGCACCCUAGGUUGAUGAAGCAAUAUAAUGGUGAUUGUGGU